UUUGAACAUUUGGCGCAUGUGCAUAUCGCGUCACUCUCAUCUGUAAAGUGAACCACAAUGAACUGGAAAUGGUUGUCAAAUAAAUGAAAUGACUGUCUUCUUUUAAGUAUAAUUCGCCGUGGAUCAUCACUGAUAAGUUUGCCACGACAAGAACCUGAAUGGGUGGGACCAGCGUUUUUCUUCAGCCAAGAACCUAACAAGCUUGCUGACUUUAGCUUCAGGCUCACACACACAGCAUCUGUAGCUGUUUAUGAUAUAGCAGCGCUCACGGUAGCAAUGUAUUUCCUCUACUCUAUCCUCGCUUCUUUGGUGUUCUUUUUUAUUUUGAAAUGGAUGAAAAAAAGAAAGUAUUGCACUGACCUUAAAAGACUUGAUGGGAAAACAGUUCUUAUAACAGGUGGGAAUUCUGGCAUUGGCAAGGACACAGCUGUUGCCUUGGCAAUGAGAGGUGCCCGGGUCAUCAUCGCUUGCAGAGACGUGGACAAGGCCGAGAAGGCUGUGAGGGAGAUCAAGUUCAAGAGUCACAGCCUUAAUGUCCUUCACAUGGAGCUGGAUCUGGCCAACCUGCGCUCUGUAAGGGAAUUCUCUAAGAAGUUCCUGCAGAGAGAGAAGAGGCUUGACAUCCUGAUUAACAAUGCAGGCAUGCCCGGUGUCCUCGACUGGACAGACGAUGGCUUCAGCAUGUGUUUUGGCGUAAAUCACUUGGGUCACUUCCUCCUAACCAAUUUGCUACUGCCACGCCUGAAGGAGUGUGCCCCCAGCCGGGUGGUCACUCUCACAUGCUCCACCUACAAAUACCAGAAACUGGACUUCCAGGACCUCAACUACAAUUUGCUCCCCUUUUUCACCUACUGCAGAAGCAAGCUGGCCAACAUCUAUUUCAGUCAGGAACUGGCCCGCAUCACAGAGGGGAAAGGUGUGACCUCCUAUGCUGUGCACCCUGGUUUUGUCCAGAGUGGUUGGACGUGCCACUACUCCAUCCUGUUCCGGAUGCUGAUGCAGGUGAUCAUGUGGAUGUUUUUUGUACCGUGUGAGAUCGGAGCUCAGACUGUCAUCUUCUGUGCUGUGUCAGACGAAGCUGCCAAACACAGCGGGGGUUACUUUGUGGACUGCAGACCAGCUACUCUGCGUCCGUUUGCAAAAGAUGCAGGUGUGGCAAAGAAACUGUGGGAGGCCAGUGAGAGACUGGUGAAACUGGCCUGAUGGUGGGGAAACUGGUUCUUUAUUUAUUUAUUUUUUUAUUUGACAAAUUAUUUAUGGUCAUGGUUUUUUCUGUUUAUCAUGUUCAUUAACAUUUCUGUUGUGUACAGUGCAGAUGUUUUAUUAUGAGCUUGUGUAUUUUAAGAGCCAAUUUUUUUGUUGUUGUUUUUCAACAACACAACUUAUGGAUUGAUUUAUGGAUCAUUGUAUGCCCAAUAAAAGACUUACUUUAG